CUAAUAUAUUGUAAUCUCCAAGCCAAGUUCCUGUUCAUUCAUCAACUUGUCCCCGAUUAUCUCGAUAAUGGAUGACUGGAAAUACUAUUUUCAGAUAGUGGAUAUACCAGUGGACGAAGAGUCUUCAUUCUCGUGUGAGAGUGUCCAGCCAGCUGAACUCGGUACUAUUCCUACAGAUGAAACUGUGGAGGAUAUCACUAACGAACAAAGCAGGAUUGAAGGCGUAGAAAAGGCACAAGAUGGAUUUAGACGAAUGCAAAAUACAGCACAAACAGAUUUUCUAUUGCCGACUGCCGACGAGUAUAUUAGGAAUUAUCUUUUGGAAAAUAAUUUCAUUGACACAUUAAAUGCUUUUCAGGUAGAACGUUUUCGACAAAUGCACAAAGGUUCUACUGAGUUAACGGAGGCUGGGCAAGUCCCCAGCGUUUACGUUGAACUUAGUGAAACAAAGAAAAGUCUCUCUAUGUCGAAGCAGGAAAUUUGUUUGCUAAACGACACCGUCAAAAAGCAAGAAGAAAAUUACAAGAGGCUUCAUAAGGAAAAGGAAUAUUAUGCGCUUAUGCAUCGUCGAUCGAUAGAGGAAAAAUGUGACAUGCUUAAUCAAGUCAAAAAGUAA